AUGACGUUCAAGAAGCUCUUGCCGCUGGCCCUCCAGCUCCUUGCCUCAUCGGCAGCUCUGGCAAGUCCAACACCAGUUGCCAAGACCGAGCUCUGGCAGUCCGCAGUCAUUGACUCCUCGAACAGCACCGCAUCCACCACAAGUUCGUCUGCUUCUGCACCACGAGAGACGCCGGGCUUCGUCAACGAUGGUACGAUUGGCAGCUAUCCUUGCCUCUACAGCUCUCAGACCGAGGAUUCGCAGCUGAUUCUCGGAGCAGGAUCGACGGUGCCCGGCUCGCAGUGCCCUCAGGCCUUGCCCGCCAUCUAUCCGCACAAUCGCAUCGAGCUGCGCGCUCCCGACGACUCGAUCCGCGCCACCUUCCAGCCGUAUGGAUCCAGCAUCACCGAGCUGUGGGUCAAAGACCGCUGGGGUGGAUGGAGAGAUGUGGUGCUCGGCUACGACAACACGACCAACUGGUCUACCGAUCCCAUUCACCCGAACUUUGGCCCCAUCGUCGGUCGAUACGCCAACCGCAUCAAGAACGGCACCUUUGAGCUCAACGGUCAGACCUACCACGUACCCAAGAACGAGAACGGCCUCGACUCGCUGCACGGCGGAGACAUUGGAUAUGAUCGUAGCAACUACACCAUCGCCUCUCUGAGCGCCCACGGGCUUGUGCUGGAGCACACGGAUCCGGACGGAUUCCAGGGCUUCCCUGGUCAAGUCAAGACGACGACGCGCUUUGUGCUCGGCAGGAAUGCGACGUGGCACAUUGAGCUCAAUGCCACCGCGACGAAAGAGACGCCGAUCCUUCUCUCGUCGCAUGUCUACUGGAAUCUGGACGCUUUCAACGAGACCGCCUCUGCGCUGGACUACGUGCUUCACAUGCCAUAUGCGAACAAGUACGUCAAGACGGACAGCAUCCUCAUCCCCACCGGUCCGCUGCCUUCGGUCGAGGACACGCCGUACGACUUCCAAUCCCCCACGCCUUUCUCGAAGAAUUUCAACAACACGGAAGGUGUCUGCGGAGCUGGAUGCCAGGGAUGGGAUUCGUGCUUCAUCAUGUCCAACCCUCCUGGAUACAACAAGGCCAAGCCUGCCGUAGAGAUGUACAGCUUGAAGUCCGGCAUCAAGCUCUCUGUCGUCACCGAUCAGCCGGCGGUUCAGGUGUAUACGUGCGACGGCAUCAACAGCCCCGCCAAGGGAAGCAUCCCCCGGAAGCAGGUGCACGGCGGCAAGGUCGGCGAGGAUAUCGGUCAGGUCGUGUACGACAAUCACGAGUGUGUCGUGCUCGAGAUGGAGGAUUAUAUUGAUGGGAUCAACAACCCGCGAUGGGGAAGGAACCAGAUUUACGGUCCCGAUAGACCAUACCACUGGAAGUCGACGUAUACCUUUUCGACCGUCGACGAGAACGGCAAUGCCAUGUAG